AUGCAUGCUUCGAUAAAAACAAAUGCUCGAACAGCUCUGUCCAGUCUAGGCCAACCAAACAACCCUCAAAGCAUCGGCCCAGCCCAACGGCCACCGGCAGCCCCAACCCCGUCGCACAGAAGAGUCGAAGCAAUCCAAGGAAACGAUCGACGAUGCGGCGCGAGGGUGCGCGUGUACGACCGCGCGCUGGUCGACCCGGAGGGCAAACGCCGCGCCGUGCACGUCGUCGACGGCCCGGUGGUGGCAAACGGCGGAUUCGUCCGGGCGUCGCGGAAGCCGACCAACCAGUCCAAGUCCGGCGGCCUCCGCGCGCUCGGCAGGGACGCCCUCAUGGACGAGGAGGAGGAGCCGCAGCCCCUUCCGCCGGAGAACAAGCGCGUCGGCUACUACUACUCCAAGGCGUGGCAGUCGCCGUUCAAGUAUGAGGCCACCUCAGGGCAACGGCUGUCGUGGAAGUACGACGCCGCCGAGCACGAGGAGGUGCACGCUCGCCAGCCGCCACCGGCAGCGCGUUCCGGGGGCAGAUCGGCGUGCAAGGGGAGCCGCAAGUUCAAGCACGACGAGAUCAAGACGUACUACCUCGAUGCGCCGACGUAGUCGACGAGCAGCUCGAUUGUCUCUGUGAUUUCGAUUCAUGAGCGCACAAAACCGGGCUGCAUUGCGGCUACGGCAGCAAGAGGAUCUUUUGUAUCUUUGUCGCUUUUAUUAUGUGUGUAUCCAAUAAAGGUGUCUUGCUUAAGGGGUAUU